AUGUCGACAAUUACAGAGGUGGAUAGCAUCCCCCAGUGGGAGCAGCUUCUUGCGUCGUUGCCUCCAUCUACGCUUCUAGUGGUUUCUUUCCACGCUCCAUGGGCGGCUCCAUGUGCCCAAAUGGCUACAGUCCUGGCGACGCUGGCGUCUGAAUACCCAGUCACCGAGCCUCCCGCCACAAAGUGGGUUUCCGUCAAUGCAGAGGACCUCAGCGACAUCAGCGAAGCCUACGAAGUCACCGCCGUUCCAUUCCUAGUCUUGAUCCGGAACGGCCAAGUCCUCGAGACUGUCAGUGGCAGCAGCGCUGUCAAAGUUCGAACCGCAAUCGAGACGCACGCCAGCAGUGCAAGUGCAGCACAGGCCGAUACCGCUGGCGGAGUCGCUCAAACUGUCGCCAAAGCUGAAGAACCUGCGGCACCACUUGAUCCCGAGAAACAAAAAGAAGAACUCUUCAAGCGCUUGGCUGAUCUGGUCAAGGCUGCACCUGUUAUGCUCUUCAUGAAGGGUACCCCAAGUGGCCCGCAGUGCGGCUUCUCUCGUCAAAUGGUCGCAAUUCUGCGGGAGAACUCUGUCAAGUAUGGAUUCUUCAACAUUCUCGCCGACGACGAGGUCAGGCAAGGGCUGAAGGAGUACGCUGAGUGGCCGACUUAUCCUCAGCUUUGGAUCAGUGGGGAGUUGGUCGGUGGGUUGGACAUUGUCAAAGAGGAGCUCAGUAACGAUGCAGACUUUUUCAAGCCUUAUAGUGUGAGCGGGGGUGAGGCAGCGGCCCCAGCUUGA